AUGAACACAUUCCAGUCGAUUCUUAAGGGCAAAUUCGACUCGCUAAACCGAAUAUCACGCAAUUUUAUGAAGGAUGAAAAGGCAAAGAAAGACGAGAGAAGAGGCGAGAAAUUAAAGUUGCCAAACGAAACGUUUGAAACUGCGAAUUUGACAGCUGAUCUGAAGCAGCAAACCGAUACCGAGACUAUGCGUUUGCUUCGAGAAGCUAUGCAAUUAGCGAUGACU